UAGAGGAACUGAGUGUUUUUGCGCCGUGUUUUCAACAGCUUCAACAUCAUGAUUCGAUAAAAAAUAACUUCGUAAAGAGCACCUGAAUAAAACGACUUCAACAAGAAGCAAACAGUCCAGCAUGACGUACCUGUGAGGGUCGACAUGGCGUACCUGUGAGGGCCGACAUGGCGUACCUGUGAGGGCCGACAUGGCGUACCUGUGAGGGCCGACAUGGCGUAACUGUGAGGUCGACAUGGCGUAACUGUGAGGGCCGACUUUUCAUUGGCUCCUUUGCUCACUGUUUUUGUGCGAUGGCUCACUGGGGGCAGCAGGGAGAGAUGACUGAGUACAAGAAGAACCUCAUCAAGCGGGACCUGGAGAUGGGUGUUGUCAUGACUGUGUUUCGACAGAAGGCAGAGCGGCUCACCGUGCAGGUCAUCAUGGAGACCCGACAGGUGGCGUGGACGCGCACUGCAGACAGAACUGAAGGAGUGUUGGAUCUGUUUGAAAUCAGAGAGAUUCGUCCAGGAAGAAACUCAAAGGACUUUGAACGGUUCAAAGAUGGAAAGGACAAACAUGAUGAAGAUACCUGCUUCACAAUCUUCUAUGGCUCACAGUUUGUCCUGAACAGCCUGAGUCUUGGAGCUGAUUCUGUGGAAGAUGCACAGAAAUGGUUGACAGGACUCGAAUUACUGAGACAAGAGACGCUGGUGGCACCAACUCCUGUUGUCAUAGAAAGUUGGCUGAGAAAGCAGAUGUACUCCAUCAAUCAGACCAAAAAGAACAGCAUCUCUCUGAAGGAAGUGAAGGCUCUGCUGCCACAGCUCAACUACAAGGCACCCAGCAGUCGCACCCUCAAGGAGAAGUUCCUGGAGGUGGGAGCCAAGAAAGACCACCUGGAUUUUGAGCAGUUUCAUAAGUUGUACAACCUCUUAAUGUUUGAACAGAACGAGAUCCUUGAUGAGUUCAAAAAGGAAUCAUGUGCUUUCAUCUUGGGAAGCACAGAUAAGCCAGAUGCUUCGACCGUUUUGCUCCAUGACUUCCAACGUUUUCUCAUCUACCAACAGAAGGAAGCUUGGGCCAGUGAUCUGAACCUGGUCAGAGAUUUGAUGACAACUUUCAUUGAUGACACCAUGAGAAAAACCAAUGACCCAGAGUUCACUGUCAGUGAGUUCCUCAGCUUCUUGUUUUCCAAGGAGAACUCUGUGUGGGAUGAAAAGUUCUCAGAGAUCAACAACCUGGACAUGAACAACCCUCUGUCCCAUUACUGGAUCAACUCCUCACAUAACACCUACUUAACUGGUGAUCAGCUGCGCAGUGAGUCAUCCACUGAGGCCUACGUACGCUGUCUGCGCUUGGGAUGCCGCUGUGUUGAAUUGGAUUGCUGGGAAGGACCUGGGGAGCCAAUCAUCUACCACGGCUGGACCAGGACCACCAAAAUCAAGUUUGAAGAUGUGGUGAAAACUAUCAAUGAACACGCUUUUGUCACCUCAGACUUCCCAGUCAUCCUGUCCAUAGAAGAGCACUGUCCCAUAGAGCAGCAGCGUCAAAUGGCCCGUAUCUUCAAAGAAGUAUUUGGAGACAAACUGCUGACUGAACCUGUGGAGCACAUGGCUGAGCAGCUUCCUUCACCCACACAGUUGAAGGGAAAGAUCAUACUCAAGCAUAAGAAGCUUAAUGUGGAGGGAGGAGAAACCACCAAAGAUUUCAGAAGAGGGCAGAAACAAGGAGACCUGGAAAUCUGGGACCCUGUUGAUCAGCGGUGGAAUAAGCACUAUUGUGUUAUUUCUUAUGACAAGCUUUACUAUGCCGAGGAUUAUGAGGAUGAGCAGGAAGAUCCCACAAAGGACCUUCACUGUUCACGCCCAUGGUUUCAUGGUCGCAUGAAGGAGGGCAGGCAGAAGGCAGAGCAGCUGCUCCACGAGUACUGUGCAGAGUCCGGGGGGAGAGACGGAACCUUCCUGGUCAGAGAAAGUUACACCUAUGCCACAGAAUUAACCCUGUCUUUUUGGCGCAGCGGGAAGGUGCAGCACUGCCGCAUUCGUUCUGGAACAGAAGACGGACAAACGUAUUACUUCCUGACUCCAAACCUGUACUUUCCCAGUGUGUACUCCUUGAUCCAGCACUACAUGGAAAACCCACUCCGCUGCCAGGAGUUUGACCUGCGCCUCACUGACCCGGUGCCUCAGCCUGACCCGCAUCUCCGCGAAGGUUGGUUCUACAGUAACCUGAGCCGGGGUCAGGCGGAGGAUUACCUGCUGAGGAUUCCUAGGGAUGGUGCUUUCCUCAUCCGACAGAGAGAAGGAGAACCAGAUUCAUUUGCCAUCACAUUCAGAGGUGAUGGUAAGGUGAAACACUGUCGGAUCCAGAAGGAGGGCAGCAUGUAUCUUUUGGGCUCCACAACAGAGUUUGAGAGCCUGGUGGAGCUGGUCAACUACUUCAGAAAGAAGUCUCUGUAUCGCAAAGUUAAACUGCGCUACCCAGUGACCCCUGAGCUGGUGGAUCGCUUCAGCACGGAGAGCAGCUGUGCCUCUCUCUAUGACAUCAAGACCUAUGUGAAACCCAAUGAGAUUGAGCCAUUACUGGUUAAGGCUCUGUACAGCUACAAGGCCACACAGCCCGACGAGCUCAGCUUCAUGAAAGGAGAUUUGAUCCACAACGUGACGAAAGCCAACAGUGGAUGGUGGAAGGGCGACUAUGGUGGAAAGUUGCAGCUGUUUUUUCCAUCUAACUAUGUGGAGGAAGUGUCCAACAAUACCCUGCCUGAAACCAGAUCACAGGAGCUGGAGGACAACCCGCUGGGUGAACUGUGUAAAGGCGUCGUGGACAUCUCAACGUGCAACAUCCAAAACCUGAAAAAUGGCAAAAAUGGGAAACCUCAUGUGUUGACCCUUCAAGACAAGAAGCAGGACAGUUUGCAGUUUGACCUGGCAGCCGAGUCUCUAGAAGAGCUCUUUGAAUGGUACCAGGCGGCCUGGGACAUCAUUCACAAACAGUACAAAAGGGAGCAAGAGAUCAAGCAGCAGGAGGAGAAGAAGGCUGAGGUUGCAAUGGAGAUGUCAGACCUAGUGGUCUACUGUCAGCCACGCAGCAAAGACAAAUACAGCUACGAAAACUACACUUACAAAGAGGUCCGUUCCUUUGUGGAGAACAAGACACCAGGAAAGAGCCAAACCAAAGACUUCCUGCAGUACAACCGCAAGGGUCUGAGUCGGAUUUACCCAAAAGGUCAACGCGUGGAGUCCUCAAACUAUGACCCUUUCCCUAUGUGGGCUACCGGCUGUCAUAUGGUGGCGCUCAAUUUCCAGACUGCAGAUAAGUACACCCAGCUGAACAGCGCCCUCUUCAGUCUGAAUGCAUGUACAGGUUAUAUUCUACAACCGGAGAUAAUGCGCUCUGACAGCUAUGACCCUCUCCAGGAUAAUAAGAAGGUUCAGUACAACAUUGUGGUUCAGGUGAUUGCUGCCAGACAUCUUCCAAGGACAGGCCGCAGCAUUUCCAGUCCAUUUGUAGAGGUCGAGCUUUGCGGACAAACAGAGGAGAAAUUCAAGACUGUUGUCUAUCGUGAUAACGGUCUGAACCCAGUGUGGAAAGCUCCAGCAGAGGCCAUCGUGCUAACUGUCUACAAGCCAGAACUCACCUUCCUCCGCUUUGUAGUCAACGAAGAGGACAUGUUUUCAGACCCCAACUUCCUAGCUCAGGCCACUUUUCCGGUAAAAGGCAUCCGCUCAGGUUACCGCUCUGUACCUUUGAAGAAUGGCUUCAGUGAGAACUUGGAUCUGGCCUCUCUGCUCAUCUACAUCAGCGUGCAGCAGGCUGGGAAAGUCAAGGAAGAGCUUUACUCAUCCUCAAGCGAGCUACGGAAAAAGCAGGCAGAGCAAGUCGGCGAGCUCUUCCUGUAUGAUACGCACGCCAACAUUCAGCAGUCCACUUUCCCUCGCCAACAAAACCACCUCAGGAGAGAGUUCAGCACAAGUGAGAAGAACAGGACAAAAGAAAAGACAAACACCAGCAAAUUCUGAUCCUGAGAACUAACUCAGUGUGGAGUUCUAGCAUCAGAAGAAGACUCUGAAGAGAAGACUUAAUCAACUUGUGGUUCAUCCAUUUGUUGCACUGUUGUGAAGCUGUUAUGUUGAUUUAAUGACACUGUUAAAAAUAUCCAUUUCCAUGCAAAAAAACCAAACA